AUAAAUUGUUGGUGUGUUGCGCGGAAGUCAUCUGCAUUCUCAGAGCCGCGGUUUUCACUUCAGUCGACUACUGAGAGCAGUUUAUUUCUGUGACAAGAUCUCUAAUCUUAAGCUGCUCAUCAGAUAUGCAAGAUGAGAAGAUUACUUGGAAUUCUUGUACUUUUGAAAUACUGUAUUUACGGUGAUGCAGUGAACUUUGAUUCAGUCAUCAAGGACUUUGUAGUUGGUAACAGUAAGUUAUUCGUUCUUACUGAUCAUCGACUACAUCAGAUGAGACAUGAUCUUUAUGAAGAGAAGAGGAAAGACAUCACUAAUGCCACUGAACACAACAGAGUCAACAUCCUGGUGCCUUUUGAUGCCAACAGCACCUUGAUAACGUGUGGGACCUUAAAAGAUGGAUAUUGUGAGGUCCUUGAUAUAAAUGACAUUACAAACAGCAUUUACUAUGAAAGUAAUAUACUGAUAGGACCGCGACAGGAUGAGAAAUCUGUUGCCUUCAUAACCGGUACAAGUAGCAGAAGGUACCUUUUGGUUGGGAAAAAAGAUGAAGACACAAAACCUCAAGAUACCAGCUAUUCUGUUGUUAGCUUGUGGAACACUUUACAGUCUCAAUAUGGUGGGAUUUUCUCAAUAAUAGCAGAAGGAUCAGAUGCCAUCAUUCAGAGCACUGUGACAGAUGUGGAGUUUGUUGAUGGAUUCCAGAGAGUUUCACCCUCAGAAUCCUACUUAUUUCUCAACACAAAGACUGACUCCGAGAGGAAAGUGCUCGUCCUGUGGAUGAACAGCUCUAAAGGAAAAAAGAGAGAAAUCAUCAAAUCCCUACAGGCUGCAAGAAUACGAUGCUGCAGUGAUAAAGCUCGUCCGGUGCUCGUCGCCUCUACCGUUAUUUCCUCAGUGAACGGAGUUAUUUGGGCAGGUGUGUUCAGUGCACAGAAUCAGCAGGAUCCAGAGAACAGCGCACUGGCUCUGUACGACAUCAGUAAUGUUAAAGGACGAGUGAAGGGCUUCUGCGCUAUUGGUGAAAAGCCUUGUGGUUCUGAGAGUGAUACUGAACUUCAGCCGCUCUCUGUGGUGUUCAAGUACAGCUCAAUGUCAGCAGUGGCAGCAGUUAGAAGUGGAUCCUGGAUUGUGCUGUUCAUAGGAACCAGUGAUGGCCAACUCAUAAAGCUUGUGUUGGAUGAAAAAUUCACACCAGGCUGUCCAACAGUGCUUUUCAAAUCUGAUGAUGAGCGAGCAGUGCUUCCCAGAAUGCACUUUGAUCCUGUAGAUUUCAAACAUAUCUACAUCGCUUUGAGGAAACAGGUUAGAAGAGUGUCUGUGGUUUUGUGUGCUAAAUACAUCACUCUGAAAGACUGCAGAGCUGCUCUGGAUCCUCUCUGUGGCUGGUGUGUGAACACACAGAGAUGUUCUACUCAAGAUGAAUGUUCAGAUACUUCAUGGGUGUCCAUCCCAAAAAACUCUCUUCAGACACGGCUGUUUUCUUUUCAGAUGACAGAGAAUUCUUCUAGAAAGGUUACUCUACAUCUUUCCUUGAGUCUGGAGAGCACAGGAAAUCCUGCUUUCUCAUGUAACUUCACUAAAGAAAGUGAUAUCUUGUGUGACGGCUCUGAUCCGCCUGCAGUUUUCCCAAACUGCUCCUGUAGUUUUCCUGACCAGAUUCUAUACACUGGAGGUUUAAGAGUCUCUGCUACAGUUAAUAUUGAGGAUCAGAAGAUCACAGAGACGCUAACACUGACAAACUGCCCAAGUAUCACAGAAAAUUCACCAAAUGCUUCUCAUACACAGUGUGUGCAGUGUGUCUCAUCUGGGUUUCACUGGUCCUCCUCCUCCAAGCGUUGUGAAUGGACACAUGGGCCUGGAGAGCAGUUACACAUACAGGAUGCAUGUAAAUAUCUUCUCUCUGAGAUGGUCUACAAUAAGCCAGCGAUUCUCUCUUUGGAGCCAAACAAGGUUUCUUUCCAUGGCAGAAACAAUGUUUUACUAAGAGGAAGGAACCUGGAAUCUGUUACUAAAAUCCGUAUUCAAGGGGAUCUGGACUGUAUUCCUAAAGAAUCUCCAGUGUUUGAUCGCUCCAGUGACACUUUAAGGUUCCACAUUCCUCACAGUGGAACUAAAGGAACAGUGAAAGUGUGUGUUGUUACUCCUGACGCCCGUUGUCAUGGUAACACCAUCAUCACUUACGGUUCUCAGCCCAGCUGCACUGGAAUACACCCCACAGUCAGCUGGAGCAGUGGUGGAAGGAAGAUUCAUGUUCAGGGGAGCAAUCUGGAAUUAGUGGAAUCAGUUACUGUCUUCCCCUCUAAUGAAGUGCUGAAAACACAAUACAACACAAGCUCAGGGGAUGUGUGGUUUCUCUCCCACCGCUAUGAUGGCAGUGGUCAGUUUAGCUUGAAGUUGAAUGUUGGGAACUCCACUGUGGACUGUGUGGAUUAUUUGUCCUACCAGCCUGAUCCUAAGUUCAUUCGAUUUACUACCUUUCCAGUGGCCAACGAUCUACAGGUGAACAUUCAGAAAAAGGCAGAUAUGUUGAAUUUGAGUAUGACUGAUCUAAAUAUAAAUCAUCAACAUACAGAUCAGCAGUAUCCGUGUGUUUUGGAGAGGGUUGAGUCUAAUGCCAUUAUCUGUACAAUUAAAGGAGAAUCAGGAGCCGUCCCAGCAUACUCACUCACUAUUGGCAUUGGGGAUACUUUUGUUCUCGGGAUGGGAGAAAGUACAGAAAGUCUGCAUCAGUCCAUAGAACCCAUCUGGUCAAGUAUGAAGGAGCAAUAGAAACAACCAGAGGG